UUCAUAUUCUCGAACGCAGAGUCACCAUUUCGAAAUCGCAUUUAAGACGCUCAUAGCUAAUUCCCGGACAACAAUUUUCGAACGUGAAGGAAAGCGAGAGUUUUGACGUACACUCAAUCCCAAUGUGGAUUUUUUUUGUCUCGAUGUACGUGCUGCUCCCAGCACACGCAGUCACCUUUAACUGGAUGGGCACCCCGCCACCUUCGCAGGUAGUUUCGUUGAACAAAUGCGGACAACAUGAAGAGUUUACCACCUUUUCUGUGGAGCCGUGUAACCAAACUCCAUGUCUACUAGUGGCUGGAGGUUACUACAAAUUCAAAUUUGAGGCACACCUAAAAAACAAUAAUGUUGGAGAUCAAAUCGCCGUCUUUGGAUAUAUCGUCGGCGCCUACGAAUAUGAGCAGUGGAGAAUGCAACAUUUCAACUUCAAUUGCAGCUAUACUGAAGGCCGCUUCCCAUGCACCCUUCCCGAAAACAAGAAAGUUACAGGGUACGCCGAUGUGAAGGUUGACGAUGGAUUUGUAAACGGAACAGUGAGCUUCCGGUUUGCAAUAUACAACAUCACCAUGUGCGGCGACACUACCUUUGCCAUGAAACAGUGGAGAUAUAGAUCUAUAACGCAAGGUUAGAGCUCCAAGAUUCUACGUAAUUAUUACGUACGUAAUCACUAUGCGUGAUAAUAAAACACGCUUGAUUCGUCUAUUCU